AUGGCCGGCGGCGCGUCGUCGGAGGCCGCCGAGGGCAAGAAGGGCGCGGCCCCACCGAGGCCGGCUGGCCGCUCGCGCGACGCGCUCGUGUUCGCGGCCGGCGUGGCGGCGGCCGUGCUGGCGCUCGCGCUCCUGGGCCCGGCGUCGUCCGCGCUCGCGCCCGGCCGCGGCCUCGUCGCGUUCCCUGUCCCGGGCCCGGCGGACGGGCCGCACACGUUCUACGACGACCCGGAGCUGUCGUACGAGGCCGUGGGCGGCCGCCGCCUCACCGGGUGGGACGCCAAGCGCGCGGCGUGGCUGCGGUCGCGCGGGCUCGGCGGCGGCGGCGGGCGCCGCCGGCCGGAGCGCGUGGUGAUGGUGAGCGGGUCGCAGCCGGAGCCGUGCCGGGGACCUGGGGGCGACCACCUCCUCCUGCGGUUCCUCAAGAACAAGGUCGACUACUGCCGCCUCCACGGGGUCGAGCUCCUGUACAACAACGCGCUGCUGGAGCCGUCCAUGGCGGCGUACUGGGCCAAGAUCCCCGCCGUGCGCGCCGCCAUGCUCGCGCACCCGGAGGCGGAGUGGGUCUGGUGGGUCGACGCCGACGCCGUCUUCACCGACAUGGACUUCUCCCUCCCGCUCGCCAAGUACGCCGCCUACAACCUCGUCCUCUACGGCUGGCCCAAGGAGGUGUACGAGAGGAGGCGGUGGCUGGGGCUCAACGCCGGCGUGUUCCUCAUCCGCAACUGCCAGUGGUCGCUCGACUUCCUGGACGAGUGGGCGCGCAUGGGCCCCGCCUACCCGGACCACGCAGCGUGGGGGAGGACGAUCAAGGCGGCGCUCAGCGACCGGGACUCCGACGUGGCGUGCGACCAGUCGGCGCUCGCGUACCUGCUCCUCGCCAACCGGGAGCGGUGGGGGGACAAGACCUACCUCGGCACCGAAUACUACUUCCAGGGCUACUUCGCGGAGAUCGUGGGCAAGCUCCACGGAGUCGCGGCGCGGUACGAGGCGGCGGAGCGGGCAGCCGGCCCGGGGCUCCGGCGCCGGCACGCCGAGCGGGAGCACCUGGCGUACGCGGCGGCGCGGAAUGCGGCCGUGCGGGCCGCCGUCCCGGGCCCCGACGGCGGCGGGCAGCGCGGGUGGCGCCGGCCGUUCGUCACGCACUUCACGGGGUGCAACCCGUGCGGCGGCAGGCGGAACCCGAUGUACUCCAGGGAGCUCUGCGACGGCGGGAUGCGCCGCGCGCUGGGGUUCGCCGACAACCAGGUGCUCCGGGCGUACGGGUUCCGGCACGCCGCACCGCUCAACGACACCGUGCUGCCGCUGCCGUUCGACUACCCCGCCGCGCGCAACAGAUGACCGGCGCGGACUCGCGGUGAAGGAAUUGGGCCAAUUUGGGCCCUAAUGGUAUCGUGUCUCUUCGACCUUUUGCCAUCAUCUUGGUCUCCAGGAAAAUCCAAAAAUCCAGCAGUGAUUAUACUAUUUCAUUGGAAUCCAUUUUUUCAAAAAAAAAGACGAUUUUUCUCAAAAUUUAAAUAUAGAGGCUUUUUUAGUGCAGGUUCGUUUCAGCUUAAGAUUGUGAACUGUAGCUUUUACAAUCACAAGAUGAAAAAUGCAGUCUUUCAUCUCAAAUUGUAUCAAUCCACAAACCAAAUUGGUGCAAA